AGGAGAAGGAAUGAGGAAGGUGUUUCACACACGUGACUCAGACACAGAACCAGGAAGCAGGAAUCACCUGAUUUCAGGGAAAGAGAAACUGAAGUGUAGUUGAGCUGUUGUGUGUUUGUGUCUCUGUAUUCAAGCAGUAAAAUGGCAGAAACCAGAGUUUCUCAGGAAGAGUUCUUGUGUGCAGUGUGUCUGGAUCUGCUGAAGGAUCCAGUGACAACUUCCUGUGGACACAGUUACUGUAAGAUCUGUAUUACAGACUGCUGGGAUCAGGAGGAUCAGAAGAGAGUCUACAGCUGUCCUCAGUGCAGACAGACCUUCAGUCCAAGACCUGCUUUAUCUAGAAACACCAUGCUGGCUGAAGUGGUGGAGAAACUGAAGAAGACCAGACUGUCUGAUGACUGUUACGCUGGAGCUGGAGAUGUGCAGUGUGACGUCUGUACUGGAAGAAAAUACAGAGCCGUCAAGUCCUGUCUGAUGUGUCUGAACUCUUACUGUCAGAAUCACCUCCAACAACAUGAGAGUUUCUUUAGAGGAAAGAGACACAAUCUGACUGAAGCUACUGGACGACUGCAGGAGAUGAUCUGCCAGAAACAUGAGAAGAUCCUCGAGGUUUUCUGUCGCACUGAUCAGAAAUGUAUAUGUGUGCUGUGUACAGUUACUGAACAUAAAAACCACGACAUUGUAUCAGCUGCAGAUCAGAGGACAGAGAAACAGAAGCAGCUGAAGGAGACUCAGAAGACGCUCCAGCAGAGAAUCCAGCAGAGAGAGAAAGAUCUCCAGCAGCUGAGAGAGACUGUGGAGUCUCAUAAGCGCUCUGCACAGACAGCAGUGGAGGACAGUGAGAGGAUCUUUACUGAGCUCAUCCGCUCCAUUGAGAGAAGCCGCUCUGAGCUGAUACGACUGAUCAGAGAUCAGGAAAAGACUGCAGUGAGUCGAGCUGAAGAACGACUGGAGCGACUGGAGCAGGAGAUCAAUGAUCUGAGGAGGAGAGACGCUGAGCUGGAGCAGCUUUCACACACACAGGAUCACAUCCAGUUCCUGCAGAGUUUCCAGUCUCUCUCAGCUCCUCCUGAAUCUACAGAUGUAAAUGAUGAUCUCUUCAGUUCUCUCUUCUCUUCUGAUGAUCUGAGAGAAUCUGUCCAUCAGCUGAGAGACAAACUGGAGGAUUUCUGCAAAGAGCAGCUGAAGAAGAUCUCACCUUUCUCCUUCACGCUCCUUACUGUGCUCUACCAACUCAGACGGACGCGGUAUCCAGCCUACGGUACACACUCUCUCUACGAGCUUCGCCUCUCGCCGUACCCUCUAUUGGGAUCUUCCACUGCACCUGGCACGGCUGCCGCUCAUCCCGAAUCUCAGUAA